AUGAGUCGCACGUGCAAACUCGGGGUCUUGGCCGCGCUCGCGUUGGCUGCAGUGCCCGCAUCCGCCAGCUGCCCUUUCCUCGGUGGCCAGAAGGGCUCGCAACCCGACCUAGGCACCGGCGUGGACCGUGCCCUGAGGUCCUACGAUGACAGCUACUACUCCGGAAGCGGCGCGGACUUCUCGCGGGAGACCUACGAAGCACUCCAGGCCGACAUCACGGCCGUGUUCACGGACUCGCAGGACUUCUGGCCGGCGGACUUCGGCAACUACGCGCCGCUGAUGAUCCGCCUCGCGUGGCACUGCAACGGCAACUACCGCCAGUCGGACGGCCGCGGCGGGUGCGACGGCGGCCGGAUCCGCUUCAACCCGGAGCGCAGCUGGGCCGACAACACCAACCUCGACAAGGCGCUGACCCUGCUGCAGCCCAUCAAGCUCAAGUACGGCGACGCCGUCUCGUGGGGGGACCUCAUCACCCUCACGGGUAACGAGGCGAUCAGGUCGAUGGGGGGCCCCGUGCUUGGGUUCUGCGCCGGGAGGCUGGACGACGCCUCCGGGUUCGACAGCCUCGAGCUCGGACCCUCACCCGAGCAGGAGGCCGUCGCUCCCUGCGCCGUCAACGGGACGUGCGAGUUCCCCCUCGGCACCAGCACGGUGGGGUUGAUCUACGUGAACCCGGAGGGGCCCCUCGGUGUUCCCGACCCCGCCGGCAGCGCUGCCGAUAUCCGUGACGUGUUUGGGCGCAUGGGCAUGAACGACAGCGAGACCGUGGCUCUUAUCGGCGGAGGGCACGCGUUCGGAAAAUUCCACGGCGCGUGCGCCACCGGCCCCGGCCCCGACCCCACCGACGCCCCCGAAGCCCCCUGGCCGGGAACGUGCGGCGACCCCGACUCCCCGACCUUCGGCCGCGCGGAGAACACCUUCACGAGCGGGUUCGAGGGCCAGUGGACGGUGGAGCCCCUGGUGUGGGACAACGCGUACUUCAAGGACCUCCUCGAGUACGACUGGGUGAUGACGGAGAGUCCGGCGGACCAGGUCCAGUGGUUCCCGGUCCUGAAGGAGGGGGCCACGGAGACGGAGGACGAGAUCCCCGACAUCAUCAUGCUCACCAGCGACAUCGCCUUGUUGUAUGACGAGGAAUACCUCGCCCUCGUGGAACUCUUCGCCAGCGACCUGUCCUACCUCGACACCGCCUUCGCCGCGGCUUGGUACAAGCUCACCUCGCGGGACAUGGGCCAGUUCCAGCGCUGCGUGGGCACCGACGUGGCGCCGCCCCAAGACUUCCAGCUGCCUCUCCCGGAGGCGCCGGCCGACCUCCCCGACACCGACGGGGCCAAGUCGGCGAUCAUGAGCAUCCUGUCCAGCGAUCCGUCCUACCCCGCCCUGUUCGUCACGCUGGCUUGGCAGUGCGCGUCCACGUACCGCUCCACGGACUUCCUGGGCGGCUGCAACGGGGCGAGGAUCCGCUUCUCUCCCGAGAGGGACUGGGCCAGCAACCAGGGUCUCGACCAGCUCCAAGCACGCCUUGAAGACCUGGCGGAGGUCGCCGUUCGAGCCCACCUGGACGAGUCCUACCCCCAGGCCCACCCCCAUACGAUCGAGGCCGCCCGACAGAUCUCCGGAGACAUCUUCGGGCAAGACAAGGCCGCCAACCUUUUCCGAGGAAAGGCUCAGCCGCACCUCCUUCACGAGCCCUACAUUUCGGCGGGCGGGGCGGUGGGCUUGCUGGGCGAGACUCUCGCAGACAUAGCCGAGAAGGUGGACCAGCGUGCAGAGGCCCAGAACAUGCUCGAAUCUCCAGAGUUCGGAGCCUUUCGCUCUCUCGUGAGCUCGGUCUACGUCGGGAGCCUCCAGAAACGCACGGACUACGCUGAAAGGGGGGAGAAGCGACAGGCUAAGGCAGGCGAAAGAGCAACGGGGAGUCAACACAAAGACGGGGAGAGGGACAAGGGGCACGUUCCCGCCGCAAGUAACAACGGCCACCAACACAAACGCGGCGGCAAAGCCAGCACCGGCGAAGACGCGGACGGGCAAGAGAAGAAGAGCGACGAGGACACGCGCGGGAUCGCUCGCCCGGGACACGCCGCCUGCAGCGGCGACAUCGUGCAGGCGCUCGUGGCCAUCGCCGCGGGGGAAGGGUUCGAGCGUUUCGGCCCCACCACCCCCGGGAGGGGCGACGGCGACCAGAGCAAUAGAGGCGGCGACGGCGCGGAACGAGCCGGGGGUCGAGCCCCGGCCCCUGCUAAAGGGCGCAAGGGCGCAUACGGCGGCGGCGGUGCCAGAGGUGUAUCUGGGGGGGAAACGGGGCUGAAGGGCCCCAAGGGCAGGGAUGACGUCAGCGGCAACGAUUCCGCCGCCCAGGAGCACUUGCUUCAACAAGAGAGGGAGAGCUUGGAGCACGCGGCUGCCAAGCUCCGGUACCUCUCCGAAGACACCGCAGUAGCUGCAGGGGGCGGGGAGAACGGGCUUCGGGCGGGUUUAGAUGGUGCCGUGGAGGCGGCGGAGGGAAGGUUUCCGGGGUUGGAGUGGCUUGCCCCGCACAUCAUCGGGAGGUCGAUUCCGAUGGAGCUCAGGAGAGAACUGUGGAAGCGGACGCUCCUUCGCGGCAACGGCGGCGGGCCGUCUCCCGCGGAAGUGGAGCGGCUCAUCGUCCGUUUCGCCGGGGAGAAGGGCAUCGUGGACCCGACGAACACGCCGAUAGCGGGGAUGGUGGCCACCGGAGUUAGACAUCGGGCCGCGGAGGCGUUUCCUUGGCUCUCCCGUGGCGGAGGACAAGAGCUAGACCAGAGGCGUCGGAUCUGCGGUGAAAGAGGCGAAACCGCCGGUGGCGCUGCCGCUCUGGUCGCCAUGCUUUACAGUCUCUCCACCCGGUUUGCCCCGGGCGCGGAAGAGUUGCGUCGGGGGUUCAGGACGCGCGCCUACGAGGAGAUUCGAAGCCGCGACGCCCCCCUAUUCGAACAUCUCAGCACGCUGUUCCCCGCGUACAAGUAUGGAGUCGAGGGAGACGAGGACAGCAGUGAUGGCGCCGUCUCCGCGGUCACGUCCGCGGGCGACAUCAAGAAAUCCAGGGGUUUGGUAGAGGCGUGGCUAGAGGACGCUUUCGUGUCCUACCUUCGGGAGGACGCCCUUCUCUUCGUGUGGGAUCACCUGUUCCUGCUAGGGUGGGAGGAGCAACUUCCUCUCUUUGUUGCGGACGUCGCGCUCCAUCUUCGUGCAAGCCUCCUUCGAGCGAGCAACCCCGUUACGCUCCUGAGCCUAGCCCGCGACGCCUGUCGCAGGAUUUGCACGCGGGACAUCCGCGACGCGUUUCGCAGAAGAAGGAGGAAGAGAGCGCCCGCGAAAUAG